CAGAUGGAGAAGAAAAGAGGGGGGCUCUGGGUUUUCAUGAGUACGCUUGCUCCGUCCCUGGAGGAAAUGGAUUUUGAGCUUGGAGAAGCUCAGGCGGUAUUCUUGCCUAUUAUUUUUCUCGCUGGCUGCCUGGACCAGCCCCGCCUGGACUUUGGCUUCUUUGCCUUGAAGCUUUGGCAAAGUAUGAGGGUUCCAGAGGUGGGGUGAGGGUGGUAAAGAGCUGAGAACUGGCGCUGCUGCAUCUCUUUUUCUCUGCACCCCCACCCCAGUCCUAGCCACCAUCAGACACGGCACUCCAGAGACUGGAGUGGGAAGGGAGGGAUAAGGGGCAGGAUGGAGGCCCCACUCCCCGAGGUUGCCUAGACAACAUCAGAAAUCGUGGCCAGGGCCUCUUCCGCCUGCGGGGCGCUGCUUCCUGCAUCAGUCACUCCCGCUGGGGGCGGGGCGGAGGAAGGGGUUGGAUGUGGGAGAGCUUGGCCCCAGCUGGUGAGGUUCCUCCGCUGUCGCCUUGGCCCCAGCCAUGGCAUCCUAUCCUGGCCCAGGCAAGUCCAAGGCCAAAUAUCCCUUUAAGAAGCGGGCCAGCCUGCAAGCUUCCGCUGCCGCUCCAGGAGUUGUUCAGCCGCUCACUGGCUGAGAGUGAGCUCCGUAGCGCCCCUUAUGAGUUCCCGGAGGAAAGCCCCAUCGAGCAGCUAGAGGAGCGGAGGCAGCGGCUGGAGCGCCAGAUCAGCCAGGAUGUCAAGCUGGAGCCAGAUAUUCUGCUUCGGGCCAAGCAAGAUUUCCUGAAGACAGACAGUGAUUCGGACUUACAGCUGUACAAGGAGCAAGGAGAGGGACAGGGGGACAGGGGUCUUUGGGAACGUGAUGUGGUACUGGAACGGGAAUUUCAGCGGGUCAUCAUUUCUGGGGAGGAGAAGUGUGGGGUGCCAUUCACAGACCUCUUAGAUGCAGCCAAAAGUGUGGUUCGAGCACUGUUCAUCCGGGAGAAGUACAUGGCCCUAUCGCUGCAGAGCUUCUGUCCCACCACCCGCCGUUACCUGCAGCAGCUGGCGGAAAAACCCCUGGAGACUCGAACCUAUGAACAGAGUCCUGAUACCCCUGUGUCUGCCGAUGCCCCAGUGCACCCCCCUGCGCUGGAACAGCACCCAUAUGAGCACUGUGAGCCAAGCACCAUGCCUGGGGACCUGGGCUUGGGUCUGCGCAUGGUACGUGGUGUGGUACAUGUCUACACCCGCAGGGACCCUGAUGAGCACUGUCCAGAGGUGGAGCUUCCAUACCCUGACCUACAGGAAUUUGUAGCUGAUGUCAAUGUGCUGAUGGCCCUGAUUAUCAAUGGUCCCAUAAAGUCAUUCUGCUACCGCCGGCUUCAGUACCUGAGCUCCAAGUUCCAGAUGCACGUUUUGCUCAAUGAGAUGAAGGAGCUGGCUGCUCAGAAGAAAGUGCCACACCGGGACUUCUACAAUAUCCGUAAGGUGGACACACACAUCCAUGCCUCGUCCUGCAUGAACCAGAAGCAUCUGCUGCGCUUCAUCAAGCGGGCGAUGAAGCGGCAUCUGGAGGAGAUCGUGCAUGUGGAGCAGGGCCGAGAGCAGACGCUGCGAGAAGUCUUCGAGAGCAUGAACCUCACUGCCUACGACUUAAGUGUGGACACGCUGGAUGUGCACGCGGACAGGAAUACCUUUCAUCGAUUUGACAAAUUCAAUGCCAAAUACAACCCUAUUGGGGAGUCUGUCCUCCGAGAGAUCUUCAUAAAAACUGACAACAAGAUUUCUGGGAAGUACUUUGCUCACAUCAUCAAGGAGGUGAUGUCAGACCUGGAGGAGAGCAAAUACCAGAAUGCAGAGCUCCGGCUGUCCAUCUACGGGCGUUCGAGAGACGAGUGGGACAAGCUGGCCCGCUGGGCAGUGAACCACAGAGUGCACUCGCCCAAUGUCCGCUGGCUGGUGCAGGUGCCCCGCCUCUUUGAUGUAUACCGCACCAAGGGCCAGCUGGCCAACUUCCAAGAGAUGCUGGAGAACAUCUUCCUGCCACUGUUUGAAGCUACUGUGCACCCUGCCAGCCACCCAGAGCUGCACCUCUUCCUGGAGCAUGUGGAUGGUUUUGACAGUGUGGAUGAUGAGUCUAAGCCAGAGAACCAUGUCUUCAACCUGGAAAGUCCCCUCCCAGAAGCUUGGGUGGAGGAGGAUAACCCUCCCUAUGCCUACUACCUGUAUUACACCUUCGCUAACAUGGCCAUGCUGAACCAUCUGCGCAGGCAGAGAGGUUUCCACACGUUUGUGCUGAGGCCCCACUGUGGGGAGGCUGGGCCCAUCCACCACCUGGUAUCAGCCUUCAUGCUGGCCGAGAACAUCUCCCACGGGCUGCUUCUGCGAAAGGCCCCUGUCCUGCAGUACCUGUAUUACCUGGCUCAGAUUGGCAUUGCCAUGUCCCCACUCAGCAACAACAGCCUGUUCCUCAGCUACCACCGGAACCCUCUACCUGAGUACUUGUCCCGUGGCCUCAUGGUCUCGCUGUCCACGGAUGACCCCUUGCAGUUCCACUUCACCAAGGAGCCCCUGAUGGAGGAGUACAGCAUCGCCACCCAGGUGUGGAAGCUCAGCUCCUGUGAUAUGUGUGAGCUGGCCCGAAACAGUGUGCUCAUGAGCGGCUUCUCUCACAAGGUGAAGAGCCACUGGCUGGGACCCAACUAUACCAAGGAGGGCCCUGAGGGUAACGACAUCCGCCGCACCAAUGUGCCGGACAUCCGAGUAGGCUACCGCUACGAGACCCUGUGCCAGGAGCUGGCGCUGAUCACACAGGCCGUCCAAAGUGAGAUGCUGGAGACCAUCCCAGAGGAAGUGGGCAUUGUCAUGAGCCCUGGGCCGUAGGGAACCUGGCCUGAGCAGUGCGUGCCCCAUCUCAGCGACUUGAUUGUGUCUGUGAUCAGACCCCUCCCACCUGGUGUGGUCUCUGCAUGUCUCCGUGCUAUGUCUCUGUCCUGCAUGUCUUUGACCAUGUCUUGCCUCUGGGCCACCUCAAUGAAAGCCAAGUCCAAGAAUCUGCUUCGUUAUUGUCUCAGCUCAGGUGAUACCUGAUGGCUGAGAUUUUAAAAGUUGGCCCUGCUAGUGACCCGUCCCAGAAUCGUCAGAAGUCUGGCUGUCCUACGGUGUCUUCAGUGUCCACAGGGGCUUGGGAUGGUUGUGUGGGGCUGGCCCCUUGAGCCCUGGAAGCCCAGGCUUUGGUUAGAGUUCAGGUUGAGUUUCUCUCCUGUGUGUGUGGCCUGGGGCAGGAGAUCAUUAUAUCUCUGCUGUGGCACUGGCUGCUCAGCCUCUGAAGCCCCAGCUGGUCUGUGCUGGGCAGAGCAGGACUUGGGCUCGCUCAUGGCCCUGGAGGCUUGGCCUGAGGGGCUGGACCACCACUCAUCAGCCUCCGGUUCCUCCCCAGUCCACGUGUUCCUUUGUUACCAACUCCCUUGUACCCCCAUGUGAGGGGCAGCUGCCCUGAACCGUCUACAGUUGGAGGCUGCUGGAGUUGGAAGGUGCUGGGACUGUCACUAGCCCUGGAGAUGGCACCUUCUUUGGGGUUUCCAGGUCUUUGACCAGACCCAGUUCCCAGCUCGCCUCCUGUGUUAUGUUCUAGACAAGGUCUUUGCUAUGAAGAACAGUGUUUCAUAUGACCCAUUUUUCCUAGUGCAUGAGAAAUAAAAAGAUUAUUUAAUUAA